AUGAUAUGGUUGAAAGUUUUCGCAGUGUUAAUUGUUGGUUUGAUAUCUGGAAUAACAAAUGAAGUUAAUGGAAGUGAUCAUAUAAUUGUUGAAACCGAAAAUGUGAAAAAUGACGGUCGUGAGAAUCGAGAACUUGGAGUACAAUAUCGACUUGCAUGUCCAGGUUUAAGUGAAUGCGUAUCGCUUCGAGAAUGCCCCCAAAUUCUGCCCGAAGCGACAAAAAGAUGUUACAACAGCGAUCGAUCUUUAUUUUGUGGAGUUAAUCAAAAUUAUGAACCUUAUGUGUGUUGUCCAACUUAUUCAUCUCCAACUUAUGCUACCGACGACACCACAAGCAACUUCGAUAAAUCAAGUGGAUCAUGUGGAAGGAGUUUAGUCCAGGGAUCUUCUUACAAAAAACUCGGUGCAUAUCCAUUUGCUGCUAGAAUUGGUUUCAAAAACAUUAACACUGGUCAUUUAGCUUAUCCUUGUACGGGAUCAAUCAUUUCAAAAAGAGUUAUUUUGACUGCUGGUCAUUGUGCACUCGCAAAGGCUGACGGCCAUCGUCUGUCAUCAGUACGAAUCGGUGAAUUUGAUUCAACAAAAGAUCCAGAUUGUGCUGAAUCUGGUUUUUGUGCACCAUCAGCAAUUAACCAUGCAGUGUCACAUGUUGUUGUUCAUCCCGAUUAUGUAAACGGUCAAUAUCACCAUGACAUCGCUCUACUUAUUCUCCGAACGCCGAUUAAUUAUACUGUCGCUGCUCAACCAAUUUGCCUUCAACGAGAUCGCACAAAUUUAGUGGUCGGAAAGCGUGCGACUAUUAUUGGAUGGGGAAAAAUUUCAUUGUCAACGGUUAGAUCACCUGAAAUGCAAUACAUGGAUGUUCCGCUUGCAUCGUGGGAUCAAUGUUUGAGAGUUUACAGUGCUUCAGGUGCUUUAGACUCUCAGAAAUCUAUCGAGGGACAAUGGAUGUGUGCGGGUGGAGAAGGUCGAGAUGUUUGUCAGGGAUUUGGUGGUGCGCCACUUUUAAUAACUGAAAGUGGAAUAACCAGUCAAAUUGGAAUCAUGUCAUUUGGAUCCGAAAAUUGCGGAGGGAUAAGAGUUCCAAGUGUUUAUACUUCUAUCGCCAACUUUUACAAUUGGAUUCAAGAAAACAUUCCAAUCGAGUGAAUAAAA